AGAUAAAGGACUAUCAGAUACUGAUGGCAGCUCUGUUUAAGAACAUGAUUGACAUAAUUGCAGUCAGCAUGGUACUGAGUGUCUUUGCUCUUCCAGGUAUUUAUGCUGAUAAAUUUAAUGGACACAAAGCGAUUGUCUUCAUUUCUACACCAAAGCCUGUUGAAGCACUGAGUGGAUCUUGCUUGCAUGUGCCAUGUAGCUUCAGAGCUGAACAAGGAAAGUAUGAAUUCAACAGUGCACAAAACACCACUGGAGCAUGGAUUGAAAGUGAUAAAGGAAUCUUUAACAUCAAUCAUGGAGUUAAUAGCGAUCAGAUAAAAAUAACUGGAGACCUGAGUAGGAAAAACUGCACCACUUUGUUCUCUGAUAUAAAGAGAAGUCAAGCAGGUGAAUACUACCUCAGAAUAGAGAAUGGAAACUACAAGGCAACAGCUUGUUCACAAGCUCUUCAGAUACAAGUCAAAGAUUCUCCUUGGCGCCCCAGCAUUAAUAUCCCUGUUGGUGAUCUGAAGGAGCAUCAGUCUGUCACUAUAAGCUGCUCAGCUGUGACUCCCUGUCCACACUCACCUCCUGAACUCACCUGGAAUCUCCAACAAGACUCUGAGAGACAAACAGAGAAAAACACAGAUGGAACCUUUACAACUAAAAUCCAGGAGACCAUCACUCUGUCAGACACACAUGAUGGAUACAACAUCAGCUGUUCUGCCAGAUAUCCUGUGAAUGGAGGAAGCAAGACAGCAGAGACAGAAGUGACUCUCAGUGUUUCAUAUGCUCCUAAAGACACCUCAGCAUCCAUCAGUCCAUCAGGUUUGGUGUCAGCAGGUAGCUGGGUGGAGCUGAACUGCUCCAGCAGAGCCAAGCCUCCUGCCAGCUUCUCCUGGUUCAGGAACAGCACAGAUGGAGCCAUUAAUGUAUCUGUGGGGCAGGUUUACAGCUUCACUGUUACUGAGGAAGGAGAAUAUUACUGUGAGGCUACAAAUGAUCUGGGGACUCAAAGAUCGUCAGUCACCAUUCCUAGUUUUAAAGGAAGAGCUAAUUGGAUUAUCAUCCUUCCAGUGUUCUUUGUCUUUGUGUUGAUCUGCCUGAUGAUCUCCAUAUGGUGGUUUAGGUUUAAACAUCCAACUCCACAACAGACUCAGAGGGAUAACUGCUCAACUUCCAUUUACAACACUGCAAGUCAAACGGGUGUGGAGGUUCAAAUGGCGACCAAUAAUCAAGAGGAAGAACUCCAUUAUGGAGAGGUGAACUUUCAACAAAGACGGCCUGAAACUUCCUUCAGUUUGGUGCGGGAGAGUGGAGAUCAGGAGACAGAGUACACUCAGGUCAAAGUUGGCAAACCAGAGGACAUCUAUGCUCAAGUGAAGAAAAAGUGACUUUUCUUGUAUGAUUGGACAUUUUUUGUCAAUAGAAUGUUCUAUCAUGUUAAUAGACAAACUUCCUUAUCCUCCAUUUUACUUCUUCUUCACUGUGUAAAAUGAUCUCAGAAAUGUUGUCUUCUUCCCCUUUGACAUUUAUAACUCACCAAGGAAGUUCCUGAAAUAAUGUGUGAAGUUCUGUGCAUUUCACACCAUGUGAAUAGGAUGAAAUACUCAUGUUCCAUUCUUUGACAGGAAGCAUAAGGAAGCAUAAGAAUUAAACCUAGUUAAGAUUUCAGGACUCCAAAACAUAAGGUCUUUAUAUUUGAGUAAACUUGCAAACAGUUUAUUUAUGUUCCUUUGAGAGCGACGUCUUCCUUCUCUCUGAUUGACCUUUGAGCUCUUGUCUCCAGAAGUCUAUAGCUAACUAUAGACUUCUGGUAAAUCGGUAAGCAGAGGCUGCAGUUGCUUAGGGGCCCGUGACCUUUUAGGGGCCCCGUCAUUGACACCCGGUUGGCCCCCUAUGCAAGGACCUUAUUUAUACCCCAAGACAAUGCAGAUUUCAGCAUGAUGGUGAGCUGUUUAAACACGACACCAAUAGCAAAGCAGACAGUGGUACUUUUAAUUACUAU